GCAGCCCCUACUACAACAACUGCUGUUCUAACGACCACAGUGACUGCAGCACCUUCUACAAUAACGACAACUUCAGCUCCUACGACAACCACAACAACAGCACCUCCAACAACUGUAGCUCCCACGACAACUGCAGCUCUUACAACAGCUUUAGCAUCUACGACAACCACUGCAGCCCUGACAACAACAACUGCUGUUCCUACGACCACUACAACUCCAGAACCUAUUACGACAACCACUGCAACUCCUAAUACAACAUCUGCUGUUCUAACGACCACAGUGACUGCAGCACCUUCUACAACAACGACAACUUCAGCUCCUACGACAACCACAAAAAUAGCACCUACUACAAAACCUGCAGUUCCUACAACUGUAGCUCCCACGACCACUCCACCUGCUGUACUUACUACAACAAUCACAACUACAGCUCCUGAUACAACAACUGUAACUUCUACGUCAACCACAGCAGCUGCAUCUACGACAACCACAUCACUCCAGAACCUAUUACGCUCUUACAACAGCUUUAGCAUCUACGACAACCACUGCAGCCUUGACAAAAACAACUGCUGUUCCUACGACCACUACAGCUCCAGAACCUAUUACGACAACCACUGCAACUCCUACUACCACAUCUGCUGUUCUAACAACCACAGUGACUGCAGCACCUUCUACAACAACGACAACUUCAGCUCCUACGACAACCACAACAAUAGCACCUACUACAAAACCUGCAGUUCCUACAACUGUAGCUCCCACGACCAAUCCACCUGCUGUACUUACUACAACAAUCACAACUACAGCUCCUGA